AUGGCUAAUCAAGACGCCACUGAUCUGGGCAUCCUCUGGACCAGGGCGGUUGAUAAAUACACCCAAAAGACUGGUCAAAAGUUGGCUCACUUGCGGGGCCAAAGCAUCAGCGAUGUGAUGCAAACAACAGCAGUCGAAAAGAAACGAUUCGAGAGUUACCGACACGACAAUGGAAAACUUGACAAAGUGCGAGCAGCCUUCGGACGCCAUCUCGACGGCAUGCAAAAAUGCCUUGAUGGUGUACAGACGAUAGGCGAGGCUGCAUCUGCUUUUCCUCCAGCUAUGCCUGUGGGAAUCAUCUUUGCUGCUUGUGGUCACAUGUUCCAGGCGUUCGCCGGAGUCCAAAAGGACUACGAUCAGGCAGAAGCUUUCUUCGAUCAUUCACGCCGCUUUUUUGACAAUCUGACUCUCCUCGAGGGCAAAACAGAUCCGAGACCAUUAGCCAAAGCUAUUGUUCGCACUUUCGCGUCUCAAUUGGUGAUUUGUGGUAUCGUGCAAGAUAUGAAAAACAAUGGGCGCUUCAAGCAAUGGCUCAAUGCACUCUGGAACCUCGAAAGUCCAGAGCUUGCUGCUGCAUACGCUGAGAUGCAAGCUUCUAUCGAAGAGUUAGGUGCGACUGUUGGCUACGCGACUUACAGUGCUAUUCGCGAUGCCUACGAGGAGCUCAAGGCGACACACGAAGAUGUAGGGGAAAUCAGCGAGAAGAUUGACGAGCUAGACGCUAACAUCAGUCGCGUUCGAGAAUCAAUGGGUGAACAGCUGCAGACUUUGUAUGCCAGCAAUCUUGGCCUUGACAAGAAGAUCACAGAAGGAUUUGAUGGUGUUCAAGCAAAACAAGACGAGGCGUACGCUGUACAACUACGCAUCGCCCAAAUGCAGGAGAACCUACUCAAUGCAUUCGAAAAGGCAUCGAUGCCUGCAUCAUCCGAUACGAAGUCUCACUCCGGAGACCUACCGAGAGACAGCGCAAAUGAGAAGGCUCAAGCCUUGGAUACUGUUAAAACGUUCUUCAUCGGAAAUAGUAUCCUCUUUCCGAGAAUUGAAAAGGUUCUUGACGCGAAUCGAAUAGAAAGGGAACGCAUUAAGCGACAACGUGUCGGUGAUAGUGUCGCAUGGCUUGCAGAGCAUCCAAACUUCACCCGAUGGCUUGAUGGUCAAGUCACCUGCCUUAAGAUCUGUGGUUCUACUGGAAUGGGUAAAAGUUUCUCGAUGGAGGCGGCAAUUGAUCUGGUGCAGCGAUCUACAAACCCACCAUCUGAUGUUGCAUAUUACUUCGUACAACCAGAUCUUGACCUUCCACAAUCAACAGAGGCAGCCUUAGCAUGUGCAGCCUUGCAGGUGGUUGAAGCUAAUCAUCGCUACGCUGAGCGAGUCGCGUCUGACAUAAAAGAGGAUGUUCAAAAGCUUGUGAACCGUGUCAACAGGUUGGUGUACUGGAAGACAAGCGGCGUUAUCGAAGCAGAUACCUCCACAGACUUGGUUGAUGUCCCAAUAUGGAAACGUUUCUUUACGUCCGGAUAUACGGAAAUCGCUUCAUCAAAACGUCGGCUGUUUCUAAUCCUGGACGGUAUGGACGAGCUUCCAAAUGGCCUUGAUCAACUUGUAGCAUUCUUACUCGACCUUCAACGAUCAGAGGCACCUAUUCACGUGCUACUUUCCACUCGAGACGCGGCCUGGCCAUCUGACUCACGAAUUCAGACAGUCACUAUCGAUCUGACAAGAGAUUUGAUUGCUCCAGGUCUGAAAUCUGUAGUCAAGCAUCGGUUACAGUCUUCGCAACGACUGCGGAGCUUCAGUACACAGCUGAAGCGAAAGAUAUAUCGUAAAAUUGUCUCGCAAGCUGACAGCAUGCUUUACGUGGAGCACAUAUUACGUAGGCUUUCUCAUAUCAGCCGCGAGAGUAUUGUCAACAAGGAGUUGGAGAAUCUGCCUAGGGGUCUUCCUGAGGUAUAUUCAUCCUUGAUGGAAGAAUGUGGAAGAUAUCGUUCGAAGAAGCAGUUAGAAGGGCUGAGGACGCUCUUCGCUUGGCUUGCUUUCUGCAAGCGACCUCUGACGCUAGGAGAGGUUAUAACCCUGUUCAGGGCAUCUGAGCCGAAUGAAGGCCUCAAACUCGAUAUCGAAGAAGAAAUCACCGUCAAAUGUUCUAGUAUUCUUGAGUUAUCACAAUCUCAUGUUAGGGGCAUUGAUACAAAGGCGACAAGCCAAGAAGAUGUUACUGAGUUUGACGACGAUCAGUCGAGCGAUGACGAUGAGAUGGACGUAGAGUUGUUCAAUGCGGCUAAUGUUGCUUUUGCGGACCAGCCAUUGCGGCGAUACUUCAGAAGCGCAACGUUGGCGUCAGCAACCGAUCUGAAGGAUCUUCGGAUUGCAGCUCCGCAGGCCCAUCUGAGGCUGUUCUCGGCAUGUAUCGACAUCAUUACAAAGACAACAAACCAAGCAGAACCGCAGCAACACAUUCAAGAAUACGCCGUCGUGUACUGGAAAGAACACUUUUGCGAACUCAAUUCAGAGGAAUCCUCUGAAUCAAUGGCUUGCCAGGUGGUGUGUGCUUUGUAUUUGCUGAUGGCCAACGUAGACCCGUAUGCGCAAGUUCUGUCUAGGAAACAUAUAUCGCCCUCUGAAUUUUACCCCGACCGCACAUCUUCCACGAUCCCAUGGUAUGAACGCAUCCUCGCUUGGACGCAACAAGGACUUGAGUUACCGGCUGGCUUACUCCCCCCGCACGUUAUGGAAUGGGCGAUGAGCAUAGACCGAGAGAGCAUUCUACUUACAUUUGGACGAGGGCAUUACAAUGUCUGGAUGCAUAACGCCAACGAUACAUCUCCCAGGGGGUAUGAGCUUGCGCAGCGCUGCGCCCAACUUGCUGGUGUACUUGACUGUGCAAUCGAAGACGAUCCCAUGAAGGACGGCUUGUCUCUUGUUCAUUAUUUUAGUCCAGGAAAUAUGAAUACUGAUGUUCUUAGGGCACUUGGACUACUUGCCUGGGCUCAAUUUUGGAAGUUCGACUUCAAAGGGAACCGUACCGCAAAGAAUAACGUCAUAAAAGAAAGCAGCAGUUACCUCCGAAGAAGUCUAGAGUCGAUGCACUCUUCCGGAAUGGAAAGAGUUCGGUUGAUACGCUUGCUAUAUUUCAAUAGAAAUACCGUUGGAGCAUUUGAAUCGACACAAAUGCUCAAGUGGGCGGAUGAAGGGCUAGCCAUACUGGACAGGCUCGAUCCACUUGCUUCUACAGUCCAAGAGAAACAAGAAAUUCAAGAGAAACGGAGAGAGCUUCUGACUCGCAAGAUCAUGUCUGGUUUGAUGCCAUUAAACCAGUGGGAAGAGCUUCACGAAGCAUGCAAGUUAUACCGAGCAAAAUAUGGCUUGGCUGCCUCGCUCCCGCAACAAGACAUGAUGGAGGCGUUCAUCACCGCCUGUGAUAAAUUGGAUCCCAGUGGUCGGCAAAGAAAGCAAUUGAUGCAGAGUCUUUCAAAGAAGGAACGACAAGUCUGGUUGGGAUGA